AUGGCUUCCCUUUCGUUGAUCUUUCUGGCCGCUGGCGUGGCUAUGUUCCUGUAUCUCUGCCAUCUCAACAGGGCAUUGAGCUCAGUCCCCGACGAGGUAACCCGGCUUGCUGCAAAGCCAUGGACGGAAGAUGAAGUCAAGGCUACCUACGGGAAAAUCCAGGAAUCUCCUCUGGACUUCACCAAGCAUCUACCCGCAAGGCAAGGCAGACGGUAUAUUGUGGUUGGCGGCUCAGGCCUGGUCGGAGGUGCCAUCGUCCUGCAUCUGCUCGCACGCGGCGAGGACCCUGAAGCCAUCCGUAUCAUCGACCUUCACAACCCGACGCCACAAGUCUCAGGCGGAAUCGAAAGAAGCCAGCAGCUGAGCCAAGUCAGUUUCGAGCACGCCGACAUCUCCAACUCAGAGUCUGUCCACAAGGCCUUCUCAGCUCCAUGGCCUCCGUCCGUAUCCCACCUCCCACUGACGGUGCACCACUGCGCCGCCGUGAUCCGGCCUGUCGAGCGCACACCAGAGCUGCUGCAUCUCUGCACCACCACCAACGUCACUGGUACUGCACACGUCCUCGCGGCGGCCAAAGCCACCGGCGCCACCUGCUUCAUCGCGACUUCCUCCGCCUCCAUCGCAGUGCGGAGAGCGCAAUUCUGGCUCCCGCCCUGGCGCUGCUUCCCGCACCGCUUCUUCCAGCUGUUCAGCGACACCAGCGAGCAUGACUACGACCUAGACAGACCGCAUGCCUCCUUCUACUCCAACUACGCCGCAUCCAAAGCCAUGGCUGAACGUCUCAUUCGCGCCGCCGACGACAAAGCCACCGGCUUCCGCACUGGUGUCAUUAGACCCGCCAACGGCAUUUACGGCUCCAGCGCCGACCACACCGUCGGGAACUACCUGCUGCGCCGCGGCGGUCCGUCCUGGAUCCCGCACAUCGUGACAAAUUUCGUGUCGGCCGAGAACGUAUCGCUGGGACACCACUGCUUCGAGCAGCGCCUGCUCGACCUCUCGAGCCCCGCCCCCACCACCUCCCAGCUGCCAGACAUCGGCGGCCGCGCCUUCACAGUCACGGACCCCAACCCCCCAAUCCGCUUCGCGGACAUCUACACCGCCGAGACAGUCCUCUCAGGCACCCCCACCACAUUCACGCUUCUCCCGCCCCUGCCCUUCUUCCUGCUCGCGCACGCCCUCGCCGCCUACGCCCACAUCCACCUCGCCCUGCAGCGUCUCCUUUCUCGCCUCGACCGCCCGGCCCGGCCCGCUCUUUCGGGCGACAUUGCCGUCCUGCAGCCCGCGCUGUGGGACAUUUCGGGCACGCACCUGGUGUUUGAUGAUGCGGCGGCGAGGCGAACACCUGCUGAGGGGGGGUUGGGGUAUCGGGCGCCGUUUCGGACGAUCGAGGGCGUGUGCGCGCAGAUCGUGGAGUGGAAUCGCGAGUGUGCCGUGAGAAGUGUGGAGGUGGUGGAGGAGGUGGUGAAGAGGGAGGGGGUUUCUGUGCCGGUGGGGGCGUGA